AUGGCGGCCGCAGCGAUGGCAGGGGUGAUUGUGGAUCUUCCGCACAUUACGGAGGCCAAAAAGCUGGAGUAUUUUUCCAAUAUUAACUCCAUGGCCCGUAAGAUCAUGCAGGAGAGGGAGGAUAUAAAAGAGUGCUACGGUUCGUCGUGGGAUCAGAUGAGCCCGGCAGAAAAGGAUAAGGCAAUAGAUAACAGCAUGAUGGACUCGCGGAUCCGGGCUCGCUGCGCUAUGCACCGUGUGGAAAGAGAGGAGGUGAUCUGCUACCCGAAACUGCUUAUCCAGACUGGACAGAAGACCGUACACUUCGGAGAAGAGGACUUAACUUGGCAAGAUGAGCACUCUGCUCCAUUUUCUUGGGAGACCAAGAGUCAGAUGGACUUCAGUCUGAGCUCUGGUGUUCUUGAACCAGUUGUUCCCUCUACAGGUAAUGAAUCCAAACCCAAGACCUCUCAGAGUAGCAAGCUGCUCAGCAGUGACGAGUCCUCCUUCUGGAAGAUCAGCACUGAAAGAUCCAAACUGGAGGGCGAGAAGGCUGAAUUUCAGUCUCUGACACCCAGCCAGAUCAAGUCUCUGGAGAAAGGGGAGAAUCCCUUGCCCUCGUAUCUGAGGCUGGAAUACGGGCAGAGGGAGACGGAGGAAGCCCCCAUUUUGCGGCCGGUUAAACAGAGAGCCCCCAAACUUCCAGCACCUCUUCCCCCCAUUCCCAUCAGCUUGUCCCCUGCGGUGAUAAGUGUGACUCCAACGCCUCCUGCUCCUGUAAGCUUGUCCUCCACAGAUGGAGAGUGGGAGAGGGCUCAGAGUACUCUUCCUUCUGUAAGCGCACUGGAUGAUGUGUUCAGUCCUGGUCUGGUCACCAGGACUUCUUCUCAGUCCAACAGCACAGCCAAAGAUGGCAACAAGGCAGAUACCUCACCCAACUCCAGCCCUACAUUCUCACAGUUCAACACAAGCAGCAGUGUCCUGAAGACUGGAUUUGACUUUUUGGACAACUGGUAGCACUUGGAUAUCCUGAAGGACCCAUUCCAAGUUACAAAACCUUCAAGCACCACAAACCCAGCACUAUAGAAUAUCUUCUAUUUAAAUCCUAAUGCUUUAGUAGUUUAUUUAGUGUGCAUCAAUAUCUCUUAGACUCUUAGUUAAAAUCAUCUGUCUAAUCCAAAUUUGCUGGUUUGAAAUUACUGAAUGCUUGAGCUAUGAACAAAUGUUUAGAUGGGAAAGAUAACUGAGUAUCUGUCUUUCCUUGUUUAUUUCACUUUUAUGCUUAGUAUGUGCAAUUUUGUAAGUUUGGAAGAAAGCUUUCACACUAAUCAAACAAGCCAGGCUUUAUGGUCAAUCGAACUCUAGGCCACACCAAAACCUUAGCUUUGAUCCUCAUAUCAAAUCACUCACUAAGACUGCCUUCUUUCACCUCCGUAACAUUGUUCGCCUCCAACCCUUUCUCUCUGCUAGUGAUGCACAGAUUUUGGUAAACUCCUUCAUUAUGUCCCGUCUUGAAUACUGCAACACACUUUUCCUUGGUCUUCCUGUUAAAUCACUUCAAAGGCUACAAUAUAUUCAAAACUCGGCAGCCAGGCUGCUCACCCAUACCAGACGAUCAGCACACAUCACACCCAUUCUCCACCAACUCCACUGGUUACCAGUUCCGUCCCGGAUCAAAUACAAAGUACUACUACUCACCUUCAAAGCCCUCCACAACCUUGCUCCCCCCUACAUCUGCGACCUCCUAACCCCGUACACUCCUUCCCGCUCACUGAGAUCCUCUGAUCAAAAUCUCUUGGCUAUCCCCCGCUCCAGACUUUCCACCCUGGGUGGCAGGUCCUUCAGUGCCUUGGCCCCCAAACUCUGGAACCGCCUCCCACAACCUCUUUGUGACUGUGCUUCUCUUCCCUUCUUUAAAGCACAUCUUUUUGUUUAAUGAUCAUUUCUCCACAACAAACUCAUAGCUUCAUACAGAUAACUUGUCUUUGUUGUAUUGUUUUGGUUUGUUUGCAGUUGUGUUUCAUUGCCUUUAUACUAUGUAAAGCGACCUUGGGUUUGUGAAAGGCGCUAUACAAAAUAAACUUAUUAUUAUUAUUAUUAUUAUUAUCAAAUAUAACACCUCAGUUCUUCGCUGUUGAAGAUGAUGUAACAGUACAUCCAUCGAGAGUCAAAUUAUAUUGUAGUGGCUUUAUUUUACUCUGAUAAGUGCAGUCUCUGUACAGUGAUGGGGCCAAUAUCCUGGCUGAAAUUCUUCAGUAUAUACUAUUUCUCUGUAGAAAUGAACAUAUUUGGGAGGAUACUGCCUUUUCUAGUAUUUUUGACAUAAACGGGAGAUUUGAAAUUGGUCUAUAAUUAGCCAGUUCUCCAGGAUCAAGUUGUGGCUUCUUAAUAAGCAGUUUGUUUACUGCCUAAGCAUAGCGAGGAGUUAAUAAUAUUAAGAAGAGGUUCUGAAAUUACAGGAGAUACUUCUUUUAAGAGCUUAGUUGGUAUAGGAUCUAACAAACAUGUUGUGGCUUUUGAUGUUUCGAUAAGUUUUGUUAGCUCUUCAUAACCUAUGACAGAGAAGGAUUGAAGUUGCACGUGAGGAAAUUUAUUAGAAACUUUUUUCCGAGGUGCUAUGACCGAUGAUUGCAUAAUUAUUUCUUAUUAUUAAAAUUUUAUCUCUAAAGAAUUUCAUGAAGUCAUUCCUCUUGUGCUGCGAUGUAAUAUCUGGUUCUGUUGAAGAUUUAUUCCUAACCAAUUUAGCCACAGUACUGAAUAAACACCUAGGAUUGUUGUGGUUAUUUUCUAUGAUUUUACUAAAAUAUGCUGACCUGGCAACUUUUAGUGCCUGUCUGUUGCAGCACGAAAUACUUCUAAUUUUGUAUUUUUCCACAUGCACUCCAUUUUCCGAGCUGCUCUCUUGAGAGCAUGAGUGUGAUCAUUGUACCAUGGUGCAGGGCUUAUUUCUUAAAUUUUCUUUAAUAGAAGUGGGGCAACAAUAUCAAGAGUGCUAGAGAAGACUGCAUUUAUAUUUUUUGUUAUUUCAUCAAGACACAGCAACGAGAGGACUGGGUCUGCCUCCUCCUGGGGCAGCUUGCUUGCAGGUUCAGACUCGAGUCCCUGAAGGGGGUAGUAGGAACCUUGGGCACGUUGCCCGGUCACGGCCUCAGGAUAACGUGAGUAUGUGCCGGACCGAACUCCAGGCAGGUGUUGCUGACAGAGAACGCUUGCAGGUCUCCAACCCUCUUGAUGGAGGCUAACGCGAUCAGGAGGGCCGUCUUCAGAGAGAGGGCCUUGAGCUCAACUGGAUCAAGCGGCUCGAAGGGGGGACUCUAAAGGCCCGUGAGGACCACUGAGAGAUCCCAAGAGGGGGAACCGGCUUGGCAGGGGAGGGUUCAGUCUCCGGGCGCCUUUUAAGGAACCUGAUAAUCAAGUCGUUCUUACCCAGGGACUUGCCAUCUACUGCGUCAUGGUGGGCCAAAAUAGCAGCUACGUACACCUUCAAGGUGGAGGGGGACAGCCUCCCCUCCAGCCUCUCCUGCAGGAAUGAAAGCACUGACCGAACUGCGCAUCUCUGUGGGUCUUCAGCUCGGGAAGAACACCAAUUUGCGAAGGAGUGCCACUUCAGGGCGUAAAGUUGCCUAGUGGAGGGAGCUCUGGCUUGGUUGAUCGUGUCUAUGACUGCAGGUGGUAGAUCCACUAGAUCUUCCACGUCCCGUCCAGGGGCCAGACGUGGAGGUUUCCAGAGGUCUGGGCGCGGGUGCCAGAGGGUGCCCCAUUCCUGAGAAAGAAGGUCCUUCCUCAGGGGAAUUUUCCAGGGAGGUGCUGUCACAAGGAACGUAAGAUCUGAGAACCAGGUACGGGUGGGCCAGUAAGGAGCCACAAAGGUGACCUGUUCCUUGUCCUCCCUGAUCUUGCACAGCACCAGUGCAAGGAGGCUCACUGGGGGAAAUGCGUACUUGCACAGCCCCCCGGGGCCAGCUGUGUGCCAGCACGUCUGUCCUGAGAGGAGCUUCUGUCAGUGAGUACCAGAGCGAGCAGUGGAAGUUGUCUUGGGAGGCAAAGAGAUUUAUCUGUGUUUUGCCGAAUAGGUCCCAAAUCAGCUGGACCACCUGGGGGUGGAGCCUCCA